ACUGAAUUCGUUUUCGCAGCAGCGCGCAGGUGACUUGGCUGUGUCCAGCAAACGCCGGUCGAAUAUAAAAGUGAUCUCUCCAACACGGGGCAAACGGCAAAGGUUCAGACAGAAUGGUAAACGCAAAUAUAUUACACGCCAAAAAGAUGACGACAUAAAAAAAAAAACAAAAAAAAGGAAGUGAAAAACUAUCGGCCGAGAAAAACGAAACGGCGAAACGAACAGUUGCUAUCAGUUAUAAAUCCAGUGCGCUGCAAGCAAACCAUCCAAAGUGCGAACCCCGUUUGACCCGAGAAGAACAAAGCGGAGAGUUAAGGAUAGUCGCAAAAUAUCUUGAAAAGUCCUAUCCAAAGUCCUGACGCCACGGAAAAGUCCGGAAAAUUGACCCCAAAGAAAAAAGACCUCACCGCAAUUCCACUUCCCCAGCACAUGCUAGUCCGCAGCAGGGGAAAAAACUGCUCAUGUGUUAAGUGUGCGUGUGUGUUUGUGUGAGUGUGUGUGUCUUGGGACGUCGUUUUCCACCAUCAGAGGACAUAAAAAGGCUCGGCAGAGAGUGAGCAAAAGAGAGAAAGCUACACCGAGAGCGAUAAAGAGUGGAAUGGGAAAGACUUUUCAUGUACAAUAAGUAGUAUUACAUACAUCAGAGUAAGCCAAGCAACUGUUACGUCUCCAACAUUCGUUCGACAGCCUCAGUCAGAACCAGAUUGUACAUCUUGCGCUAAGGCGAACCCCUGUGAAACAACCGACGCAAUCGAAGAAGCUAUCAGCCGUGAUAUCUGGUAAUAAAAAGUGAUUAAACCAAAGAACACAAGCAAGCAAAACCAUUUGCAAGACAUUCCCAAAGCUUUCACCCUCGGUAGUGAGGGGUGGUAACAGGCGUCGAACAGGAACGAAUGAAGAGAGAAAUUAGGAUAAUUUAAAUACAACUGCUUCAUAGCUAGAACCCUACAGCUAAGCUAGAGACAGUAGUGUGAAUGUGAACCCGUGAAAUAACUGUCCGUUUAGAGAUAAAUCUGCAGAAACAAAAAGGCUCGAAGAAAAGUAGUACCGCGAGUUAAAAUUGACACAUCUUUGAGGCAUUGCCAGGAUCGAUCAAGAAGAAGGUAGCUUCGUGUUUGUGUCAUCAUCCGUGCUUUCCAAUUCGUGCGUUUGUGUGGUUGUGAUAAGGCCAUAGAAAACUUUCCAGUGUAGACGAGAAAAUUUUACGCUCUCUCCCGUUUUUUUCCGAUCGAGAGAGUAAGCUUCACAGCGCGUGAGAGCGAGAGAAGGUUCAGACAAAGAGAGUGAGUUGAUAGUUUGGUGGAAUCACCCCGAAAGGAUUUCCCUUUCGACGCCGGAACGAAAGCGACACGCGGGGGGAACGGACGAAGCAGCGCGGCACGGUGUGGUGGUUCGUGUUUCCACGAUUCUGGAACAAGGCUAGUGGACUCGACUCGGUGUCACUGUGUUAGUCGUGAGCGAUAAAGUGCAUAGACAGGACACGCAGUUACGGGUGUGUUCCUUUUUCGAAAAAAAGAGCAAAGAAAUAUCCGACCAUCACUGAUCAACUGCUACUGCUGCUGCCUGGCAAGCAUCUUUGUAUCCCGUGUGUGUGUGUGUCCUUCUCGAGCGAAGCAAAACAACGGGUGCGCUCCAACCAUUCGCCAUCACUGUUCUCAGUGGACAAAGACUCGCAAGAACACGGUCGGUCGGUGGAGAAAGUAAAGCACACAGCGUUUUCUAGAGCUUACUGCGUAUUUCGCAUACUUUGGCUCGCCCCGUUGCCACCGGAGAGUGACUGACCCGUUAUCCUGAAAGUGACCUAUUGCGAGAAGCUGCGCAAAAAGCGUCCACCCUUCGUGUACCGUGCACAACAAGCAGCUGCCAUCUUUGCUGGUGUAGGACGUUAUUCUAUUUCUGCCAGUGAGCUUUGAGUGAGCAAAUCGAACGCCAGGAGGGACGGGCCAGCAUGGAUCAGGACCAGGAUCUGGUGGCACCGAUGGAGGUGAACGGGGGCGAUGAGCAGCAGGGCGGCAGCAUCGACAUCGGGGCCGGGUCCGAUGGGCCACCGAGCAUUAUCGGUGUCGGUCCGCCGAGCCCACUUACCGGGUGCUAUCUGUUGAUCGUCAUCGGCGAGCCACACUCGCAGGACCAUAAGGAUAUCAUUCUCCAACGGCUUAUCAAAGGCUUCCUGUCAUGGGAUGUCGUCGAUUGCCAUGUCGACUUGGAGGACGAGCUGCAUACAAUCACGUUGCAGGCAUUGGAGGGAGAGGAAGGCAAGCAUGGUGAACGAUUGAUUCAGUAUGCCAGCGAAAAUCUGGUUACUGAAAUAUUGAUUCAUCCACAAGUCAACACCUUCAUCCAGUGCAUUCGGAAUCUGCUGAGUAGCUUCACCCGGCACCGCCACAUCAUCCAUACCGGCUACACCUUCUCAGGAAACGGGUCGUGGAUAUUACAGGAUGGAACUUUUUCAGUGAUGGAUUUCAUGGAAGCAUUCCAGGAGCACGAGGUGCAACGCGUGCUCCGUGCCUAUCCUGAAACGAUCACGAUGGACAUUCAUUGUGCGCCCGUAGGACAGUGGCACAUGAUUCAGGAAAAGUCCUUCUCACGGCUCUGUCGACUGCGUUUGAAUCCGGUCGACGUACUGGACUCGGGCAGUGAAAGGUUGAACACUUUUGUCGCUUAUCUGUCGUCGAUGAUCAUACCGACGGAAAUUUCGGAGCUGCUGGAAAGCUCUGACGUUGUUGGAAACAUCCGUUUCAGCCACCCGACGCUGUACGUCUUCCCAGGAGGCCAGGGAGAUGCAGCACUGUUUGGCAUUAAUGGCUUCAACAUGUUAGUUGAUGGAGGGUUCAGCCGCAAAUCCUGCUUCUGGGAUUUUGUGCGCCACCUAGAUCGUCUGGAUGCGGUGCUGAUGACGCGCAUCAACAAUACCAACAUCAAGGGCAUCUCGUCCGUGGUGGAGCGCAAGAGCGAGGCGCACGUCUACCCACAGAUAGGACAUUUCUUCGGUAACAUUCCUGAGCGCAAGGGGCUGCCGAGUCCGGACGGUGAUAAGGAUCGUGACCCGCUGCUGGUGGACAUACUGCAGGAGGGCCACCAAAUCGUGACGAAUCUGAAAUCGUUAAACUUGAAGGCACAAAACUGCUACCGUGAUGCGGAGCCGAUCAAUCUGUAUCAUAAGGUGGGCCAUGGAACGCUCGAUAUGUACGUUAUCAGUCCGGCCCGAGAUUCGCGCGAGGUGAAGGACUUUCUGGCACGCUGGGCCGCGGCCGACCAGCGGCUGUUUACGAAAGAGGCGAAGGAUGGAAAAGACUUUGCCUUCCCGUUGCAAAAUCUGAUCUCUAUCUGCGCGCUGCUGGUGUGGACACCAGCCAACCCGGAAGACAAUAUUACACGCAUUCUCUUCCCGGGGUCGGCACCUGAGUACAAGAUCCUCGAGGGAUUGGAGAAGAUGAAGAAUGUCGAGUUUAUGCGACAGCCAGUGUGUCCGGUCAAGUCAAUCACGGCCAACCUCUCAACGCCAGUGCUAGUGACGAAGAAGAGCCUGAAGUCGGCCUCGACUGAUCGGAUUAUCGCGGAACCCCUACAUCCGUCCAAGCCCAAGGACAACAAACUGAUCGACAACAAAAUGAGAAUGAUGCACGCCGAUAACAAGCUGGCCAGCGAUGGGAUGGACAGCUCUGCGGACGAGAUCAAAAUGGAAAAACAACUGUCCAGGACAGCGGCCUCGACGACUGUUGCUUCGGCCCGGAUCGAAAGCAAACCCAAAGCUAUUCGUUCCGGCAAACCGAUUGCCACAGCCGAGAAGAAGCUUGACAACAAGAAGCUCGACCAGCAGGAUGAAAAGAAAGACUCCAUCUCAGACGUCAGCUCGGACAAGGAGGAUGCACUAUCCAUCGAAAAAUCAAAACCCGUGGCCGUGGACAGUGAAAAGAGCCUCGACGAAGCGAUCGACGCGCCCGAAAAGAAGGAGGAGGUCGAUGCUGCCAAACCAGAGCUGGAUGCGAAGGAAAAGAAGAAGGACGAUACAUCCCCAGCUGGAGCUGACACCGGUGGCAUGGCGACAAAACCGACCAGGAAACCUCCGACGUCACGCACCGUUACUUCAUCGACCGCCAGAUCCAGGGUGGACACAGCAAGCAAAACGUCCAAGCCGUCGGUCGAUAGAAAGCCUGCAGUCAGGAAACAAACAGAAGCAAACAAAUCCUCACCAACAACACCGAAAAAGACGAGUUCCAUCGAAGCAAAGCUUACCAAUGGCAGUGCCACCAAAGCGGAACAGGGCGAAGAUGUGAAAAAGGCCGUCGGAAAGUCAACUGCAGCCAAAGUGGGCCCAACCUUAGGAUCAAAACCAGGCAAAUCUAGUCCGAAAGCUACACCAGCAAAAAGCGCGAAGGAUGAAAACAACCGCAAGGUCCUCGAGGCAAGACAGCGUCCAACUAUGGCUGCCAAGCGUGAGGCUCGAAAAGACCAGGAAAAGAAGGAAACUGCUCCAGCAAAGCAAACGGAGCGUAAGCCCAUCUCGCGACGACCGAAGGGCACCGUUUCGACAUCUUCCAGCGCAAUGCACGCUGGUGGUAGUCCUGUCAAGGCCAAGAAGGUGCUCAAGUCCGAGAAGGAUGCAGUCAUCAGGAAGGCCAAGCUGGACAAGAGUGGUACCACCGAUUCAAGUCUCGUGUCAACGCCAAGCGCCGACGAAGGCGGUGUGCCCGUUCCCAAGCGACCGAUUGGAGUUGCUAUUCCAGAUGUCGCUCCUGGAGAUACCGAGACGCUGGAAGCUAUCAAGAAACAGCAGCAACUGGCCGAGCUGAAGGAAGAACAGGAAGCGGUGCGUGAGAUUGAAGCCGUGUUUAACCGCGAUCAGGCUGCACAGAAAGCUCUCAAACACCGAGAGCUUGCACUCACCGAGGAGCAUCGCGAAGUGCAGGACAGUGCCACCGAGCCGGAAGAAGAGGAGGAAUAUCUCAUCAUUGAAAAGGAAGAACAGUACACCGAGGACUCGAUCAAUGAGCCGGAGAGCAGUGCCACCAAAGAGGAAGAAAUUCAGAAACAUCAGCGCGAUUCGCAAGAGUCCGAAAAACGGAAGCGCGACAGUUUGGAAGAAGAGAAAGAGGAAAAGGUGGAUGUGGAUAAGGUUGUUGUUGUUGAUACGGCUGCCGAGGAGGAUGCAGCUGAAAGCGAAAAGCCGGAUGACGAUCAACCGCAUCAGGAAGAGGAGGAAGAUGUCGAAGCCAGUGCCCCGGCCGAGGAGCGACCUGACGACAAGGAAAGGCUUUCGCCCAAGCACAAACAAGAGCUCGAGGAGGAAGUGCAGGAUAUUAUCGCAUCAGCGAAGGAAAUCGCCAAAUCCAAGAUGGAAACCUCGAUGGACGGGCUGAAGACAGAGGAGAUCUCAUCCUUUAGCCCGGAUGAAAAAAUGAGCAGCACGAAAAAGACCAGUGACACACGGGACGAGGAACAGGAACUACCGAUCGGCCAUCCAAAAGACCAUAUCGAUCCCCCUCACCACGAGAGCCACCACGAGGAGCGCGUUUCGGCAACCGUCGAGUCUGGUGCGACAACGACUGCUCCAACACUUCCCGAAGACGAACGCAUACCCCUUGACGAAAUCAAGGAAGAUCUCGUGAUCGAAGAAAAGCACGUCAAGGAGGAAACAAAGGAAAUCGAAGUGGCUUCCGCGAUACCACCAGUGGCGUCUGCUGCAGCAAUCCCAGUCGAGCAACCGAUGGGACCGGUAGUGGCAAUGGAGGAAGUGCCCACUACGGCAGCUCCAUUGAAAACAGUUUAUGAGCCGCUGGAACGACCGAUACCGGCUAAGAUGCAGUUCAGCGCACAGCAGGCCCAUAUGCGCGAUGUGGUAAAAACACCGGAUGAGGUUGCCGAUCUGCCGGUGCAUGAGGAGGCCGAUCUCGAGGAGGAUUACGGCGAGGAUAAGGAUAAGGAUAGCAAAGAAGAUGAGGAUAAGGACCGUGAUACGAAAGAGAAGCCAGAGGAGGAACCGAUCGUCGCAGUCUCUACGACAAUCGUGUCAUCGACACUGGCGGCGAUAGAGACUGAAGUUAAGCAACCUGAGAAGACUGAUCAAGAAAGGCAUGUAGCGGAUAAGUCAGUUGAAAGUGAUAAACCAUGUGAUACGUCAAAGAAACCAACUGAAGUGAAGGAAAUGGUCGAGAAAAUGCAAAGAGAUACCCUACUGGACAAGCCGCCAAAAUCUGACGCACAGGAACUAGAACAACAGGAUGCUUCAAAACCACUGCUCAUGGACGAUGCCAUUUUGAGGGAUUUGGAGUCACAAAUAAUCCCAGUAGACGAUAAGCUCGAUAGUGCAGUAAAGGUGCAGCAACAGCAUCAGGUUAAACCUGACAGCAAGUUGCCAGCAGAAGCAACCGAUCAAGAUAAGGAUGAUGCGGAUGAAGACGAAACGAACAAGGUCCCAGUGGAGGAAGAGUUGAUCGUCGCACAAAAAGUAGUACCUAAGGUUCCCGAACCGCCACAAACCGUAUCGUCGGUGUUGGAUGAAAUCUGGCAAACACCAUCAAAGGUCGAGGAAAAACUGGACGAGUUGAAACAUCUAAUCGACGACAAAGCGAAGAGCACCGUGUCUGAUCUAGUAGCCAUGAAGGAUACUAUGGUUAAAACUGUUGCCGAACGGAAGGAGGAAAUCAUCGAUACCGUCGUAGUAGAGGUCAAGGAUGCGGAUCAAAAAGUAAAAGAGAUCCUUGAAGACGCUGGCAAAGAAGUGGAGCAAAUGGUUGUAGAAACUGCACAAGAGGUGGUAAAAGGUAUUACCGAUAAAGCUGACUCCGUGCUCGAUGAUCUGCAAUCUAAGACCAAGCUGAUCGACGAUGAACUAACAGCCACCACUUCUAAGAUGGACGCGAAAGUGGAUUCCGUAGUCCAAGAGGUUUCGCAAGCUGCUACAAAGGUAGAUGAAACGCUGGUCAACAUCGCAGCAGAAACGAGCGAACUGGAAAAGUUAGCGAAAGAUCUCAAACAAGAUGUUAUCAGCCAGUUGGAUAGUACCAAACAACAGCUCGAACAAGACCUUACGAAAGAGGUAGAAAAGGUGCAAGAAAAAGCGAAAACUGGCAUCAGCUCUUUCUUCGGAAGCAUCACGGAGGGCAUUAAAAGUGGAAUCGAGAAAAUGGCAGACAAAGUGGAACACAAGAUCAAAGAUAAAACCGAGGAAGUUGAAGUCAAAUUGCAACAAGUCACAGAAAAAAUUGACAGUCUCCAAAUGGAACGCAGUUUAGAAUCGGUCGCAGCAGCACACCACGAGUCGGAAGAACAAGCAUACGAUCGAUUUGGAGGCCCUUACGAGCGAAGCUAUACCCAAGAGUUGCGUGAAACGCAUAUUACGACACUCGAUUCUCCGGUCUCGGAUGGAGAUAAGCUAAAUAUGGAAUUGAAAUCCAUGGUCAACAUUCCGCAAGAUAUCGACGAAGACAAGGAGCUCGAAGAGCUAGAGGCUAACAAAAGCAUGGGUUCAUUUGUGAUCGAGGACAUCAAGUAUAGUGCUUUUGAUGAUGCUAAUCUGCGCGAAAUCAAAGAGGAGGAAGAGGAAGAUCGGGUUUCUCCACCACAAGGAACCUCGGAGAAGCUUGACCCAGUCAUUGGCAUGAUGCCACCACGCGCGCGUACUCCGGAAGAUGUAGCCAAGAUUGUGGCCAAUGUAGCGGAAGUCUUGAAGUCCGAUAAAGACUUAGAGGAAAUCAUUCCUGGAUUCGAUCCUCAGGAGCUGGAGCGAAAGCUUUCCCAAGGUGCUGCGCGUGAGGAAGAUGUAGGCACAGUACAACGAAUGCUCGUUACGGCCAGCAGCGAAGAUGGUGGCGAAGAGACGGUCAUUUGUGCCGACGGAACUAUCACAUUCUCAAAGUCAGCCACGCCAGAACCUAUUCAGGGUUCCGGCACUACUACUCCUGAGAUUAAAGUGCAGGAGGAGAAUGAAGACGAAGAGGAUGACGCCGAGUCGCAUAUGCCCACAAAGGAUGCUACUGACGUGAAACGAACAGGAGAUGAAAAGGGAAGCCCUGCAUCGUCAGGCAAAUCGUCGCCAGAUUUAAAAACAUCUCCCACAUCAAUCGAAGAGAAGGACAAACACGAAUUACCUGAGAAAGUAGUUCAGGUUGAGGUGGCAAAACCAAAGAUGCCUGAAGAAACUAUUGACAUGGUGAGCGAUAUCCACAAGGAAUCGUUAGCCGAUCAUCAAACAUACGGUCAAAUUGAUGAUACAAGGCGUGAGUCCGCCAUUAGUACUUUCAGCGAGCGAGAUUAUACCAAGGAUGAAAGCUCUUUCGUCGAUGAACGUGAUUCGUCUCGGGCACAUUCGAUAUCAAGUCACAUCAGUGAUCUAAAAGAAGACCCAACCGACCUAAAAUCAGUGGCAGACUUUUUAAAGGAAUCUGAAAAAGAUCACGAUCAAGUAUUUGUUGAAGCAGACGGCAAAAUGAAAGAGCUUUCUAGUCCUGAAUCCAUUGCAAGUCAGAAAACGGUAUCAGAGAAGGAUCAGAUUGUUGUAGGCGGAACUGCUGACACAUCAAUUGAGCCAGCUGCUGCAUCCGAUAUGACUGUUGAUGCUAAGGCACAGGUCGAAUCGGGUGAAUUUUCGCGUCCAGAAUCUCCAGCAAGUGUGGGAGACACUAGCCUUCAGGAAUCGACAGUGCCAUAUAGCACAACCAAAGAUUUUCAAGAACAACCCAUUCAAAUGCGACAACAGUUGAAAGAAUCUGCAUCAUUGGAUCUCGCCGAAGAACUGCAGGAAGAAACAAGCUUUUCUCGUCCUGAAUCACCAGCUAGCGCCGAAGAUGUAUCACGCCCUGCUUCUGCUGUAAGUGGACCAGCUGACAAGGCUCCGUCUGAGAAGUCCGUCGAUCUCAAGGCUGAGACCAAGGAGGAGUCCCGACCUGCUUCUGCUGCAAGUGGACCAGCUGACAAGGCUCCGUCUGAGAUGUCCGUCGGGCUGAAAGCUGAUGACAAGGAGGAGUCCCGACCUGCUUCUGCUACAAGUGGACCAGCUGACAAGGCUCCGUCUGAAAAGUCCGAUGAGCUGAUGGCUGAGACCAAGGAGGAGUCCCGACCUGCUUCUGCUGCAAGUGGACCAGCUGACAAGGCUCCGUCUGAGAAGUCCGUCGAUCUCAAGGCUGAGACCAAGGAGGAGUCCCGACCUGCUUCUGCUGCAAGUGGACCAGCUGACAAGGCUCCGUCUGAGAAGUCCGUCGAUCUCAAACCUGAUACCAAGGAGGAGUCCCGACCUGCUUCUGCUGCAAGUGGACCAACUGACAAGGCUCCGUCUGAGAAGUCUGUCGAUCUCAAGGCUGGUGACAAGGAGGAGUCCCGACCUGCUUCUGCUGCAAGUGGACCAGCUGACAAGGCUCCAUCUGAUAAGUCCGAUGAGCUUAAGGCUGAGACCAAGGAGGAGUCCCGACCUGCUUCUGCGGCAAGUGGACCAGCUGACAAGGCUCCAUCUGAGAAGUCCGUCGAUCUUAAGGCUGAGACCAAGGAGGAGUCCCGACCUGCUUCUGCUGCAAGUGGACCAGCUGACAAGGCUCCGUCUGAGAAGUCCGUCGAUCUCAAGCCUUGUGACAAGGAGGAGUCCCGACCUGCUUCUGCUGCAAGUGGACCAGCUGAUAAGGCUCCGUCUGAGAAGUCCGUCGAUCUCAAAGCUGAGACCAAGGAGGAGUCCCGACCUGCUUCUGCUGCGAGUGGACCAGCUGACAAGGCUCCGUCUGAGAAGUCCGUCGAUCUCAAAGCUGAGACCAAGGAGGAGUCCCGACCUGCUUCUGCUGCAAGUGGACCAGCUGACAAGGCUCCGUCUGAGAAGUCCGUCGAUCUCAAGGCUGAUGCCAAGGAGGAGUCCCGACCUGCUUCUGCUGCAAGUGGACCAGCUGAUAAGGCUCCGUCUGAGAUGUCCGUCGAUCUCAAGGCUGAGACCAAGGCUGUUGACAAGGAGGAGUCCCGACCUGCUUCUGCUGCAAGUGGACCAGCUGACAAGGCUCCGUCUGAGAAGUCCGUCGAUCUCAAGGCUGAUGCCAAGGAGGAGUCCCGACCUGCUUCUGCUGCAAGUGGACCAGCUGACAAGGCUCCGUCUGAGAAGUCCGUCGAUCUCAAGGCUGAUGACAAGGAGGAGUCCCGACCUGCUUCUGCUGCAAGUGGACCUGCUGACAAGGCUCCGUCUGAGAAGUCCGUAGAUUUCAAAGCUGAGACCAAGGAGGAGUCCCGACCUGCUUCUGCUGCAAGUGGACCAGCUGACAAGGCUCCGUCUGAGAAGUCCGUCGAUCUCAAGGCUGAGACCAAGGAGGAGUCCCGACCUGCUUCUGCUGCAAGUGGACCAGCUGACAAGGCUCCGUCUGAGAAGUCCGUCGAUCUCAAGGCUGAUGCCAAGGAGGAGUCCCGACCUGCUUCUGCUGUAAGUGGACCAGCUGACAAGGCUCCGUCUGAGAUGUCCGUCGAUCUCAAGGCUGAGACCAAGGACGAGUCCCGACCUGCUUCUGCUGCAAGUGGACCAGCUGACAAGGCUCCGUCUGAGAAGUCCGUCGAUCUCAAGGCUGAUGCCAAGGAGGAGUCCCGACCUGCUUCUGCUGCAAGUGGACCAGCUGACAAGGCUCCGUCUGAGAAGUCCGUCGAUCUUAAGGCUGAGACCAAGGAGGAGUCCCGACCUGCUUCUGCUGCAAGUGGACCCGCUGACAAGGCUCCGUCUGAGAUGUCCGUCGAUCUCAAGGCUGAGACCAAGGAGGAGUCCCGACCUGCUUCUGCUGCAAGUGGACCAGCUGACAAGGCUCCGUCUGAGAAGUCCGUCGAUCUCAAAGCUGAUGCCAAGGAGGAGUCCCGACCUGCUUCUGCUGCAAGUGGACCAGCUGACAAGGCUCCAUCUGAGAUGUCCAUAGAUCUCAAGGCUGAGACCAAGGAGGAGUCCCGACCUGCUUCUGCUGCAAGUGGACCAGCUGACAAGGCUCCGUCUGAGAAGUCCGUCGAUCUCAAGGCUGAUGCCAAGGAGGAGUCUCGACCUGCUUCUGCUGCAAGUGGACCAGCUGACAAGGCUCCGUCUGAGAAGUCCGUCGAUCUCAAAGCUGAGACCAAGGAGGAGUCCCGACCUGCUUCUGCUGCAAGCGGACCAGCUGACAAGGCUCCGUCUGAGAAGUCUGUCGAUCUCAAGGCUGAGACCAAGGAGGAGUCUCGACCUGCUUCUGCUGCAAGUGGACCAGCUGACAAGGCUCCGUCUGAGAUGUCCGUCGAUCUCAAGGCUGAGACCAAGGAGGAGUCCCGACCUGCUUCUGCUGCGAGUGGACCAGCUGACAAGGCUCCGUCUGAGAAGUCCGUCGAUCUCAAAGCUGAGACCAAGGAGGAGUCCCGACCUGCUUCUGCUGCAAGUGGACCAGCUGACAAGGCUCCGUCUGAGAAGUCCGUCGAUCUCAAGGCUGAGACCAAGGAGGAGUCCCGACCUGCUUCUGCUGCAAGUGGACCAGCUGACAAGGCUCCGUCUGAGAUGUCCGUCGAUCUCAAAGCUGAUGACAAGGAGGAGUCCCGACCUGCUUCUGCUGCAAGUGGUCCAGCUGACAAGGCUCCGUCUGAGAUGUCCGUCGAUCUCAAGGCUGAGACCAAGGAGGAGUCCCGACCUGCUUCUGCUGCAAGUGGACCAGCUGACAAGGCUCCGUCUGAGAAGUCCGUCGAUCUCAAGGCUGAGACCAAGGAGGAGUCCCGACCUGCUUCUGCUGCAAGUGGACCAGCUGACAAGGCUCCGUCUGAGAAGUCGUCGAUCUCAAAGCUGAGACCAAGGAGGAGUCCCGACCUGCUUCUGCUGCAAGUGGACCAGCUGACAAGGCUCCGUCUGAGAAGUCCGUCGAUCUCAAGGCUGAGACCAAGGAGGAGUCCCGACCUGCUUCUGCUGCAAGUGGACCAGCUGACAAGGCUCCGUCUGAGAAGUCCGUCGAUCUCAAAGCUGAUGACCAAGGAGGAGUCCCGACCUGCUUCUGCUGCAAGUGGACCAGCUGACAAGGCUCCGUCUGAGAUGUCCGUCGAUCUCAAGGCUGAUGACAAGGAGGAGUCUCGACCUGCUUCUGCUGCAAGUGGACCAGCUGACAAGGCUCCGUCUGAGAAGUCCGUCGAUCUCAAGGCUGAUGCCAAGGAGGAGUCUCGACCUGCUUCUGCUGCAAGUGGACCAGCUGACAAGGCUCCGUCUGAGAAGUCCGUCGAUCUCAAGGCUGAUGCCAAGGAGGAGUCCCGACCUGCUUCUGCUGCAAGUGGACCAGCUGACAAGGCUCCGUCUGAGAUGUCCGUCGAUCUCAAGGCUGAUGACAAGGAGGAGUCCCGACCUGCUUCUGCUGCAAGUGGACCAGCUGACAAGGCUCCGUCUGAGAAGUCCGUCGAUCUCAAGGCUGAGACCAAGGAGGAGUCCCGACCUGCUUCUGCUGCGAGUGGACCAGCUGACAAGGCUCUAUCUGAGAUGUCCGCCGAUCUCAAGGCUGAGACCAAGGAGGAGUCCCGACCUGCUUCUGCUGCAAGUGGACCAGCUGACAAGGCUCCGUCUGAGAAGUCCGUCGAUCUCAAGGCUGAGACCAAGGAGGAGUCCCGACCUGCUUCUGCUGCAAGUGGACCAGCUGACAAGGCUCCGUCUGAGAAGUCCGUCGAUCUCAAGGCUGAGACCAAGGAGGAGUCCCGACCUGCUUCUGCUGCAAGUGGACCAGCUGACAAGGCUCCGUCUGAGAAGUCCGUCGAUCUCAAGGCUGAGACCAAGGAGGAGUCCCGACCUGCUUCUGCUGCAAGUGGACCAGCUGACAAGGCUCCGUCUGAGAAGUCCGUCGAUCUCAAGGCUGAGACCAAGGAGGAGUCCCGACCUGCUUCUGCUGCAAGUGGACCAGCUGACAAGGCUCCGUCUGAGAAGUCCGUCGAUCUCAAGGCUGAUGCCAAGGAGGAGUCCCGACCUGCUUCUGCUGCAAGUGGACCAGCUGACAAGGCUCCGUCUGAGAAGUCCGUCGAUCUCAAGGCUGAUGCCAAGGAGGAGUCCCGACCUGCUUCUGCUGCAAGUGGACCAGCUGACAAGGCUCCGUCUGAGAAGUCCGUCGAUCUCAAGGCUGAUGCCAAGGAGGAGUCCCGACCUGCUUCUGCUGCGAGUGGACCAGCUGACAAGGCUCCGUCUGAGAAGUCCGUCGAUCUCAAAGCUGAGACCAAGGAGGAGUCCCGACCUGCUUCUGCUGCAAGUGGACCAGCUGACAAGGCUCCGUCUGAUAAGUCCGUCGAUCUCAAACCUGAUGCCAAGGAGGAGUCUCGACCUGCUUCUGCUGCAAAUGGACCAGCUGACAAGGCUCCGUCUGAGAUGUCCGUCGAUCUCAAAGCUGAUGACAAGGAGGAGUCCCGACCUGCUUCUGCUGCAAGUGGUCCAGCUGACAAGGCUCCGUCUGAGAUGUCCGUCGAUCUCAAGGCUGAUGCCAAAGAGGAGUCCCGACCUGCUUCUGCUGCAAGUGGACCAGCUGACAAGGCUCCGUCUGAUAAGUCCGUCGGGCUGAAAGCUGAUGACAAGGAGGAGUCCCGACCUGCUUCUGCUGCAAGUGGACCAGCUGACAAGGCUCCGUCUGAGAAGUCCGUCGAUCUUAAGGCUGAGACAAGGAGGAGUCCCGACCUGCUUCUGCUGCAAGUGGACCAGCUGACAAGGCUCCGUCUGAGAAGUCCGUCGAUCUCAAAGCUGAGACCAAGGAGGAGUCCCGACCUGCUUCUGCUGCAAGUGGACCAGCUGACAAGGCUUCGUCUGAGAUGUCCGUCGAUCUCAAGGCUGAUGCCAAGGAGGAGUCCCGACCUGCUUCUGCUGCAAGUGGACCAGCUGACAAAGCUCCGUCUGAUAAGUCCGUCGAUCUCAAACCUGAUGCCAAGGAGGAGUCCCGACCUGCUUCUGCUGCAAGUGGACCAGCUGACAAGGCUCCGUCUGAAAAGUCCGUCGAUCUCAAGGCUGAUGACAAGGAGGAGUCCCGAUCAGCUUCUGCUGCAAGUGGACCAGCUGACAAGGCUCCGUCUGAGAAGUCCGUCGAUCUCAAGGCAGAUGCCAAACAAGAGUCCCGACCUGCUUCUGCUGCAAGUCUAGCUAGUGACAAAGCACCAUCAGAUAAAUCGGUUGAUCAUAAAACCGAUGUGGAAACAUCCUGUGCAUCCUCAUUUAUGAAAUUUGAGGAAUCUUUAUCGCG